AGAAGAUGGUCCACUUCGCAUACAGCCACGUAGCAUUCGUCACUUUGUUGGCAUUUGCAGCCACUGUUUCAGGCGAAUCGAUGAUGGCAGCUGAAAUUAAAAAGAGGCUAGCGGAAACUGAAUCUAAAAUACCCGGGAUAAUUUCGGAGCUCAAAAGUGCAAAGGAGAAAGUACAAAAUACUAAAGCCAUUGUUCUAGCCAAGAUUCUCAGUCGGAAUCCAAGCUUACGAGGAGAAUUAGAAAACUAUACGAAGUGCCUGGAAACUACAUACACAUACAAGUGGGGAGAUGUUGCAUUUAUACGUAUGGCAAAUAAUCUUUACGGCUUUGAUGACGAAAAAUUAAGGAAAAUAAGACGUUGUUGCGGUCAAAAAUCAGAAGAAUAUUUUCAAAAGUUUUUGGCGUACCAUCCUGGAUUCUGUCUCGAAAUGCUACCUUCGGCGAGUAACGGAGAUCGGCUGCAACUGAAAAAUGAAAUCGAUUCAGUAUUCAACCAAACCUGCUUGUUUAGCGUUGAAAUGUUUUACAAGAAAGUUUACACAACCCAGUUGAAGAUGUUGAAAGAAAAUUGAAGAGACGAGUACCAGGAUGAAUGUAAAAGUCGGCGUACUACUGAAUACAUGUAGAUUGUAGAAGCUUUCGUAAAUAUUUUAUUUUCAUUUAAGUAAAUUAAAUAAAUCAAUUAUCUGCUA